UGGUCUGUGACGCUGUAGCGGAGCCUCUGCCGGUUCUUCUCCUCCUCCCCCUCCUCCUCCCCCACCUCCUCCUCCUCCUUCUCUCCCUCCACCUCUCCCUCACUCCGCUGUCUCAGCUCCGUGAGGCGGAUCAACACCGCGCGGAGCAGCGAGAGUUCCCCGGCAGACAGACACUCGGAGGCGGAUUAGCUGCGGAGGACCCACCACCGGGGAAGAGAGAGACGGGGAGAACCGCUGUCAGGAGAACCAGGUGAGACCGCGUGCACGUGACCACAGCACGAGCUCGGUGUGCAGUGAUGAAGACUGACCACAGUCAUCAUCAUCACCAGCAGACACACUGAGAGCUGCAGCCUGCCUUUAACUACAACCAGAACACACCUGAAACACACAUGCACACACACACUCAAACACCAACACACACACACGCACGCACGUACACUUACACACCUUGAAAUUUGGGGAUUUACCUGCAGAAUAGAACAGAGUGUGCACGAGGCUGGAGGUGAAAUUAAGGGAGAUGAUGAUGAUGAAGAUGAUUGCUGUGUUUAAAAGAGAGAUGUGUGUGUGUGUGUGUGUGUGUGUGUGUGUGUGUGUGUGUGUGUGUGAGAGAGAGAGAGAGAGAGAGAGAGAGAGAGAGAGAGAGAGAGAGAGAGAGAGAGAGAUUCAUUGCUCAGGGCUGUGUGUGUGUGUGUGUGUGUGUGUGUGUGUGUGUGUGUGUGUGUGUGUGUGUGUCACUCCCAGCAGAUGUUUUUGGUGAAGCUGUGAAAUGAAUCUGUGGUGGAGACAGUCCUUCAGGACAAACACACACAGACACACGCACGCACACACACGCACGCACAUUCUCUGGCAGUGACAGUGGGUGUAGCAGCUGAUGGCUCGCCAAGUGUGUGUGAGCAUCGGUGCGUGUGAUUGGGUGGUGCUCCCUCUGCUUGCUCAAUAUUUGACUGUGUGUGUUUUUAAUCUAAAUGUUUCUGGGUUCAGAUGUGUGUGUGUGUGUGCGUGUCGACAUCUGUACACAGUGGAAUGUACGUGUGUGUGUGUGAGCCCUGCUGUCUAGUUUGACCUCUCACCUGUGUUGGACCUCUUCAGUACACCUGUUUUCUCUCUGUUUUGGUUCAGCUGUUCCAGAUUUGUAUUCUUGGUUCUUUCGACAUUAAACUGAAAUCUGACAUCGAGGUGAUUCAACAUCACGACCCUCCAAGACUCACCGUCUAUCCCCCAAUUUCCACUGCAUCCUGAAUGGCUACGAAAAGGCCAUAUCCGCCGAUCGCAGCUGAUCGUAACCAUUCAAGAUAAUGUGUCAAUUUCCACUUCUUUCCGUUCCACUGCAGAUCGUCAGACUCCACAGCUGAUCAAAAGAGUUCUAUAUUUUACGGACGCUGGAGCAUGUCGGAUAAAUUCAGCACAGAUUUAAGGUCCUUACACACCAGGAACGACGCAAAUAUAAACGCGGGAGGCGAAUUUUGACGUGCCUGACUAUACACAUCAAGCGCGAUGCGAUUUGGCGACUUUCCGGGGGAAGCGAGAAGACUGAGCCAACAGCAGACUGACUGUUUUCAGUUCUGAUUAGACUCUAGUGUUGAGAUGUCUGUCUGUCAUGAUAGCAUGUACUGAGUUGGGGUCAGUACCAGAUAAACACAUUAAACUAUAAUCCAUAAACGUAAGGUAACAACCGAGACCUAAUGGUGCUUUGACAGCAACGCUGUGAUUGAGUUUGAGUUUACAGUGAAAAUACAUAUGGUAUGUUGUAUCUGAACAGGUUAGCUUACGAGCUAAAGUUACUUAGCAUAGAUGAAAGUUAAAACAAAGACGUUUAUCAAACUGUUAAAGCUCACAAACCAUCGUCAUAUGAGAAAUCCGACGCUAUAACUCUCCACAAGUUGUCCUUCAGGUCGUUAUCUUUGUAAUAUUUGUGUCUUUUAUCAAAAAUCACUCUGUUCUCCGACACGUAAACGAUCAGCCGGUUGGCCAUGUUGGAUAUACCGUUGAAUCUGACGUCGCAACAACACGAAAUCUGAUUGGUCAGAAGUGGACACACAGUAUGCGAUACUUUAGAAAAAUCGACCGUGAUCUGAAAAAAUAACAUGCCGCAAUAUCGCAGGACAGGAAAACGUCGCUGAUGUGAACGCUUGUAUUGAGAGGAUACGGGUUUGAAAAAAAACUAUUGAUGUCCAAAAUAAUCGCACAAAAAAAAAAACGUCCCGGUGUGAAAGGACCUUAACCUGUGCUGGAAAGGAAGUCGGGCACAGACACAAAAUAAAACAUCCGGCUUCUUUUCAAAAUAAAACACUCUGUGUUUCAGGAGGAUCGUAUUUCACACCAUGCAAACGGGCGAAGACGAACAAGUGAAAGGUUUAUAGACGUCAUUUCACCCCGAUUACACCGUGGAUGAGGAGCUGCUGAUUCUAGAAGUCUAGAAGUAGAUUUCCUCCUCUGGAAGGACACAAUCUAUUGCUUAUAUGUCUAUGUGGCUGUCUUUAUAGAGACAACUCGUUAUCGUGCGAUUGUACGUGAAUCAGCGGGUUCUUGUGGGUUCUGUGAUGUCCGUAAUCCGCCAUGAAAACGGAUCCAGUAGGAAUUGGCGGAGGCGAAAAUCGCUGCCGUUCCGGAUGCGGUGAAAAUUGGGGGUAACCACAUCAUGACUCCUCAUGGUGGCGUCAAGCGGUAACAUCCAGUCUUGAGAAAUGAAGCCGGCGCAGAAUAGCUAAAAUCUGCACUUCCUUAAGUGUCCACUUGAGGCAGACUGCAGGAGCAACGUAAACAAUUCAAAAUAGGGUUGUGGCCUGAAUCGCUCAGGGCUUCCAGAAAACCCACUGUUUGCAUGUCCGUGCAUGACGUCCAGUGACCACUGGACUAGUUCUGGCUCUGGAUUCAUGAAACUGUUGGUUCUGAUCCGAGGCUCCUUAAAAUGUUGACUGGUCUGCAGUCAGUAGUGAUUUAGUUUCACUUGUGAUGAAUGUCGUGAUCCAAAAUCAAGCUCCAACAGCAUUUUUGUGAUGCUGUUGCUCGUUGACUUGUUAAGUCUGGUGUCCUUAGCUCAUCGGUGGUGGUUCAAACCUUCAUCCAUCCUUCCUUUGUCUUUACUGUUUCACCAUUAAGGGUCAUGGAGAGGGUGUAGCUUAUCAUAUCCAUCACUGAGUUAGAGGCGGGUCCACCCUUAACAGGUCAGCGGUCCAUCUAACUGACACACGAACGACACACUCAGACCUACAGGCUAUUUAGAGUCACCAAUUAACCCGAGGAGCAGGUGUUUGGACUGUGGGAGGAAGCUGGAGAAUUCAUGCAUGUACGGGGAGAACAUGCAAACAUGCAGACCUCACUCAGCAAGACCUCCGCCCGCCCACACACACACAUACACACACACACACAUAAACACACACACACACACUGGGAAUCCAAACCAGGAAUAAUGAACGCUGUGAUCAUGACUCUAACCGCUGAUCCUCAGGGACGCCAUCGUUUGAACGUGAUGUAAUUUAAAUCAUGCAAUUCAUCAAUGAUGGCAGAGAUGCUUUGUCAUGAUUAGGGUGGGAACCCAAUGAUAAUAUCACUGUACAGAUACUGUCCUUAAAUCUGUGUAUCUUUUCUGACAGAAGCAGCUCAAAUUGAGAAGUCAUAAUUAAUAAUAUUGAUUUACCCUUAAAUGAUCUUUUUAAACCACUAUGGAGAAUUCCUGUCACCUCUAUGCAGCUGUUUUCUGACAUCCUUCUAUGAUCACUUUGAUUCUAUUCCAUAUUCUUAAAUGCAAAUGCUUUAGAGAGUUUUUCAGCCCUGAGUUCUGUCUGUCAGGAGCCUGUCCAUCCAAACAACCUGAACCAACAGUCGAUGUAAUCUGUGUGUAACUUCAGUUAAUCCCUCUGUUCUGCUGCCAGAUUAAAACAUCGAUAUGAGCGACCAGGAAAGAGACUCUGAUGAACAUGCGGACCUGAAGUGUCGACGGUUUUUACUUCACUGAGUUUCAGUCGGUUUAAAGACAGAAUCAGGAAAGCCGAGGCUGUGAGUAACCAGCGCCUCACAGGGCCUCACCUGAGGACCUCAGGUCUUCAUUAUGUGAUGUCUCAGCGGGUAAACAGACUCAAACUGAUUCAAUAAAAAGAGACAGAAAGCUGGGAAAUGUUUUUUCUAAAGUCAGGACGGAUUAGAAGUUCCCCACAGGAGCUUUAAGAUGAGAUAUUGAUCAUAAUGUGGUCAAGAAUUGAAGCAAACAAAAUGACCUGAACGGAGGAAAAGAAACACCAUAUAUUUGAGUGUUUAAUGGCAUUAAUCAACAUGUUGUGCUUUUAUCAUUAUUGUCAAAGUUACAAGAACAUAAUGGUUUAAUCUAAUGUACGUAUUAGGGCUCGGCGAUAAACUGAAAAUUUACAAAUACUGAAAUUUACGAAAAUAACCAACGUCCUUUUGCCCAUAUCGGUAUAUUAGGUUUUGGAUGUGUGUAGGUAGACUAUGGUCUCAUGUCCCUUUAAGACGCUGUUCUCCAUCAGAAACGUGACUCCAGGUGAGGAGAUGGAGGACGGUUCAAAAGUUGGAGCGGCUGAAGUAGACGAAUUUAACGUGGGAGGAGGUGAGCAGCUUGUGGAGUAGUUAUCGUCAAUUAAUCGUUAUGUAGGUGAACUGAUCAAUAUAUCGUGAUAUUGAUUUGAGGACAUAUCGCCCAGCCCUAUUUAUUCCUUGAAUAUUUCCUCUCCCAUCGCCCUGCACCACUGCAGGAACACUGACUUUCUUCGGGAUUUACUGCAUAUGAUUCGCAAUAGAGUCGAUGCAUUUAUUAUAGAUGCACAAUAAUAGAGUUUUGCAGCUAUCCAAUACACCGGUAUUUUCACUCUCAUUAAUACUGAUACAUACAGACCUUUUCUUUUCAUCGUCUUGAAUCAAUACAGAGAGGAACAGUAACGAGAAGCCCACGUUUUCAGAAGCCCCCUUUUCUCGCAGGCUGCAGACAUUUAUCCCGGGAAAGUGAGAGUAAAAGAUGAGGAGGAGAAACGAAGUCGCUCUGGUAGUGUUGGCUCUCUUGAUAGUUGAACAUUUCACCAACUGAAGCUGCAUUCAUGCAUGCAAAAGACUCCCAGAAAGAGCCUGAAAACUGCAGGGUGAGCUGCUGCAUGUUUGAACACAAAGAGAUGAAAGUUUCAGUCUGAUCUCACCUGGAGUUUUUUUAGUGAAUAUCAACGUGAAGUAAGAGGGCAGCAGGAGUGGAAGUGUGACAUGUAACGGGAUGAUGAAGAAUGAAACCUUAGCAUCACUCUGAGGCUUUCGCACGUUUUUCUGACUUCACGUCCCACCUCCCUAGACUAAUCCGAACCCUCUUGUCUGACAGGAAAGAUUUCAGUUUGUGAGGAACGUGUUCGAGGGCAGAGCUCCUGAGAUUUCUGGACAAUUUUAGGGAAAAAGAGGCGUAAGUGAGGUGGAAAAGAUUUCUGGUUUUACAGUAGACUGAGCCUAUCUCCUGGAGUAUAAUGUCUGCAUCGUAUGAGAACAUUAUAGGAUGGAUUCCUGUGUUAAACCCCCAGGUGUUGCCAUGGGAACAGCUUGUUAAAAACUUUUAACACGAUAGUCAGUGGGCUUGGUUUUUUAACCCCUGACCGGGCGUUGAUGAUCAUUUCCUCUAAGGUGACACACUGUUCAGGUGUUGUUCAGGUGGUCUAUUAACACCCGCUGAUGGUCACCUGCUCAGGUAGGAGACAAAACGUGAAACCUUAACGAGCACAGUCAGCAAAUCAGCCUCGCCACGUCCACGCUCAGAGGGCAUCGAACCCGCGACGCUGCUGACGGACGAAAAAAUGUUUCUGUAAUACUAAAAAAAAAAAACCUGAACAGCUGAGAGGUUCCUCUUCUUGUUGCCAUGGUGAACCUGUGCAGGUCUGAGCUGCAGGUAUAAGUGUGUGUGUGUGUGUGCGUGCACGUGUGUGUGUUUGACAGAGAAACGGAGAGGGCAGCAGAGCUUUACACCAGUCAUCAGUCUGCAUGAUAAUGAGCUAUUAGACAGCAGAAACCCACUCUCUCACACACUCACACACACACAAAACUCCAACAUCCUAUACUAAAGGUUUAAGGUGGAAUUGAGUUUGACGUUCCACCUUUAAACCUGCAGCAGUCAGAGCUCCUCUGAUUGUCAGUGAGAGUGUGUUGAACGGCACUAUCGCUGCUGAAAGGUGAAGUUUAGUGACGGAUUCAGCAGAGGUGACAGUUAACACCCGAGGUAACAUAAUAAAGCAGCUUUAUGGCCUGUUUAAGGUGUAGAUAUCUGACAAAUAAAGACAUCAUUAAAGCCAAAUAAAAACAACAAUAUCAGGCUGAUUGUGAGAUGUUUUUCCCUGUUUGGUAGUUAAAAGUGAAAUGAUCUUUAUUCAGAGUCAACACUUUCAUAUCCAGGAUAAAAGUUCAGAACAUUAACAGACCUGUUUGUUUAACUUUCAUUUACUGAUCAACACAGCAGCACAGAGAAAACAGUUGGACCUGAACACUCUCAGAUUUUCCAGUUUUCUCAACAAAUGCAGCAGAAAAAUUCUUCUUCGUUGAUUUUUGAUGAGAGGGAAGAACCGAACAUAAACUUCUGUUUGACAUAGAAAUAGUAAGAAGGCGACUCCAACAGCGACUCGUGUGUUCCUGGUGGCAGCAUGUCCACAAAGAAACAGAUGCUACCUCUAUAGAGUCCAUCACAAAGUCAACGUCUUGAUUUAAAGAAUAAAGAAGAAAAAAACAGAAAUGAAUAGAAUAGAUGGGACAGGAAAAGAAUGACAUGAAAUGACAUAGAACAGACUGAAAUAGUAUACGGUUGAAUAGAAUAGAAUGGAGUUGAAGAGAAUAUAAUACAAUAGACUAGAAAGGAAAUUGAAUAGAUCAGACUGAAAUGGCAUAGAAUAGAAUCAGAUCAAAUAGAAUUAAAUAGAACUACUGAAAUAGAAUAGAAAAGAAUAGUAAAGUAUAGAAUAGAAUAGAAUAGAAUAGACUAAAAUGGAAUAGGAUACAAUAGAGUGAAUAGAAUAAAAUGGGAUAGAAUAGAAUAGAACAUCUUAUUUGUCAUUGCACCACAAACCAUGAAGUUUAGUUUGCAGCUCCUAACAGUUCAACAUAAAGAAAUAAGAGAAAAAAGACACAAUAUAAAAGACACAGUAACACAAAAAAACAGAAACACAGUGAUAAAUAAACAGGAAUAAGUAUUUAUUAAAUAAAAUGGUAGGGAUAGCAGCGGUAUUAGUUCAUGCAGAUUGUGAAAGGACAAGGUCAUGAAUACAAGUUAAGGAUAGAAACUGUUGGAGGCUGCUUAUGUCUGAUAACUAAACAGUCAGACUGAUGAAGAGAGUUUGAAUGUGUGAAACAAAUUAAGGCUGUCAGUUUUUCAAAAAAUCAACUCUUUAUUGAAUAUGAUUUAUAAAUAAUCAGAUAAGUUUGCUAUCUUACUGAUGAUGGUGUUUUUCCUCUGAACUGCCUCAGGGAUAAAAAGAGUUUUCUACGAGUUAAUCAGGAUGGAGUUUAGAAAGGUUAGAACACACUUCUGCUGCUGCUGUAUGGGGAUUGACUCGCCUUUGGACCCGGCCUCUAGUGAACUUUUGAAGAACUGCAGUUUUUGUUCCACUUCAUGUUUGAGCCUUUAAGGUUCCUGUACUCUCUUGUUGUUGGUCAGUAACAGGCUGCAGACACACACACAGACACACACACACACACACACACACACACAGGCAUUUCUAUACACUCACAACAUUCCUGCUGAUUGCACACUAGUUACUGAGGGUGUGGGAUGCUUUAUGGGAGUGUGUUUGUGCAUUUUUGUGUGUGAGUGCAUGUGUGUGUUUGUGCGUGUCAAAGAGGUCUACACUACAUUUUCUGUUUCCGUGCCAACCCACCGGCCAACCACAGUCCACCUCUCUCUUUCAUUCAGUCAUUAUCUCUGCCUCUACUUACACUGUGUGUGUGUGUGCGCGUGUGCAUGUGUGUGUGCGUGUGUGUGUUUAUAAAAGCAGCCAUGGCGACCGAGGAGGAGAAAAGGAGGAGAGAGGAGGGGGAGUGAAAGAGAGGAGGAGUUGAAGGGGGAAUAGAGAUGAAGAAAGGCUGAGGAAAGAGAAAGAUAGCCGGCGGGCUGUGUGUGUGUGUGUGUGUGUGUGUGUGUGUAUGUGUCUGUGUCUGUGUGUGUGUAUGUGUCUGUGAGUGUGUGUUUAGUGUUGGGAUGGGAAGCCAAGUGUAAAGAAAUAAUCUUGACAAAGCCUGGAAAUGCAGCAGCUCAGCAACAACGAGCUUCCCCCAACGCAAACAGACACACACACACACACACACACUCAAAACUCUCGUGUGUGUGACUUAUUCCUCGUCACACCUGGAAUUUUUGAGGGAGUUUGUCUCAAUUAUCCCUCAGUGAAUCAAACAUGAUGCUGUUCAUUCAACAAAAACACACAAACACGCACAAACACACAUAUUUACACAGCUAGAGUGAUUUCAUCCACACAGUCUUGCGGUUUUAGGUCUUAUCAUUGUUCAGAUUGUGCUGACGUCCUUGAGUUGCAUCAGAAAUGGUCUCAAAAAACUCCAUCAGCUUGUUUUUCUGCAGACUGACACGCCUGACAAACGUGGAACUUUUGCAACGCUGCAGCAUGAUGUCGAUAUCUCUGCGUCUUUUCGACCAAAUUAGAAAAUUACCCAUUUCCAAAACAGUCAGAACGCUGUGCAAAAUACUGAUAAAAAACAGUGAACCCUUUGUUUAAUCCAAAAUAGUGCACACACAUACAAAAUGAGAAACAUCGAAGUAAUGUGCAAAAAGGGAAAUAUGAAUAAACAUGAUCCAGAAACCCUGGUGACACUUUUAAUUGAAAAAAUAAUAAUUAAAAAUAUAAUGUUUUGAACAACUCUGAAAUGAGAUAAUGUUAACCAUAUCUUAAAAUUAUACUGUCUAAUCUACCUGCAAUACAAAAUGAUUAUUAGAAUGACUAAAUUGGCUUUUUUUGAAUGGGUGUGUAUGUGGUUUCUAGUGCCUCUGCAGCCAGCCUCAAGUGGACACUCAGGGAACUGCAGUUUUUAGCCUUUAAUUUUUCAAGAUUGGAGUUUACAACAGAAUUUCAAUGUAGCAGGACAAACAUGGUCACACGUCUUUUAAAAUUCCAGUUUAAGUCAGACUUAUGCUGCGUUCUAGUUACCUUGGAAGUCAGAUGUCGGAGCUGGGGAUGACGUUAGACCGGAGUUGAUGGGAAACCAAGAUGGAUGCCUACUGUUAGCCAUUUUUUGCUGUCGUUAGCGGUUGUUAGCUGUUGUUAGCUGUUGUUAGUUGUUGUUAGCUAUACCAGUUGUAAACCAUGCAUAAUUUAGGAGCCGUAAGGUAAUAGGUCUGUAUGUGUUAUGGGGUGUUUGUGGUUGCUGUGGUAAUGUACAGGGGCCACAAGAGGUGAAUGCCGGGUAGCUUUGAAAAGACGUGGCUUACCUGCAGUCAGGUGGCGAGAGGGGAGCGGGGUCGCUGUGAUUUUUGUUGACCGCAUCGCAUCACAUCAUAUAGCCUAGCAUCGCUUUGCUUUCGUUUGCCCUUUGUUUGUUCCUGCUGUAUAUCAGAAGGAGUCCCGUGUGCGUGACUGUACUAGCAGAUGUUUCAUUAAACGCUGUGAAGUUCAUUCUAAGCCUCUUGCUUGUCUGCGAUAGCGUGUCGGACAAAUACUGGACCCACAACUUUCCUCACAAGCGACAAGGUUGGUCUUUGGAGUCGUUACACAUAAAACAGUAUUUUACUCUUACAAACAACAACUGGAACGCACCAUAACACCAUAAACAGAUUUUGUAACAACAUGCAAACGUACUGAUUUGGUGCAUAAUGAAAAAUGAAACAAAGGAGACCCUGAAAAACCCUUUAAAGGCUCUAAUAGGUCAACAUUGCGCUUUAAAAACUCUAGAUACUGGUCCAAGAGUUGAUGCAACACAAUGGUAAACAUGAACCUGGGCCAAUAAUGUUUAAUCUUUUUUAUGAAGUAUGAAUUUCAAUAAUUAUCAAACUAUCCCAUAAUGUUUUCGUAACUUUUUACUCAGCGUCCUAACUUUUUUGAAAUCGUUCUUGAUAAAUCUCGGUAAAACUGACAGUUUUGGGUUCAUGGCGCCAAAGUAAACCAGACUUGAGUUCACUUCAGUGUGACUUGAAGGACACAGAGAAACCGAGACUCAGCAGAGACAGACGGACAGAUGCUUGACAGCUGAAAGAGAACACUAGCAGUCGGCAUCCGUCAGAGAAAUCCUCCUAACAGGUCAUCAAACUGAGCACUGGUCAGGCUCGGAGAGCUGGAGGCAGCGGGAAAGUUCAUCCUGACACACUUCAUGGAGGAGGAGGAGGGGGAGGAGGAGGAGGAGGAGGAGGAGGGUGAAGUCAGCUGUGCCAGAGUCCAGGUGACGAUAUAGAAACCGACAGGAUGUUUAGUCAAAGUUUAUGUCCGUCCGAUCAGAUCAAAGUGUUUUCGUGGAGGGUUUUUAUUUUUAGUUUUUUCAGGUUUUCAACUGACGAGAUAAAAUGAGAUCUUUCUGAGAGAGAGAGAGAGAGAGAGAGGAGGGAGGGAUGAUGAUGUCUGCUGCUGAGAUGAAGAAGAAGCGAUAGAGCGAGCUUCAUGAUGAGAUGGUUGUAGACGGAGAGAGAGAGAGAGAAAGAGAUGUGCUGUGAUGUGAGAGCAGAUCACACAGCUGAGUGUGUGUGUGUGUGGACUGAAAGCUUGUCUCCUCUCUUCAUCAUCAAACACUCAGCUCCUCUCAGUUUGUUCUUCUCUUCCUCUUCGUCACAUCUCUCUGCUCUCAUUCUCCAAACUCCUCCUCCCUUUCUUCUUCUUCUUCUUCUUCUUUUUCUUGAUUUCUCCUGAUUUACUCUGUCAGCUUUCAUUCUCCUCUUUUUUUUCCCCUCACUUCCUGCUCUGACAUUUUCUCCUCUCUUGUGUGUGUGCAUGUGUGUGUGUGACCUGCCCAGUUGACCCGUUUCCAUGGUAACAAUGCACAGUCAGCAGCAGCAGUCCUGCGUUAAAUCUUAAGGGGGUCAGAGUUGAUUACAUGACCUCGGGUGUGACCCUGAACUUCAUACAACAUCUUUAUAAGCUGGUUCAUAUCAGAGAUUUAAUUUCUAAUUUCUCUUUUAUUAAAUUGUGAUUUUUGAAGUUGUGUUUUGGAGAUUUAUUUUGACUUUAUCGGGGUCUGGAAAGGGGGUGUGGCUUUGAGUUGAACCAACGACCGCUAAAACGAGGACUGUAACCUCUAAGUCGGGUUGGGAUCCGCCCCCUAAAAUAACCUUUUUAAUCUUUUUAAUUAAAAUAGUUUUUACUUUACAGCAUUAGCAGCUGUGUUUUGUGCAGUUACCAUGGUUACAGAUGCAGAGGUGUGUCUGGAAAAGUGGCAAGCGCCCUCCUUUAAAUCUGAUUGGCCAGAAUCAAAGCCAUGCGUUUUGUUCGGCUACUUUUCCACAGGUUUUUCCUUUUGCCGCAGUAACAGAAAGACUAAAAAAAAACGCAUCAGGACCCAGUUCUGCUUCACCCUCCAUCUCUGGUAUCUUGUUAGCGUUACACACCCUGAGACUCCUGCAGCAUCCUCUCCCUGUCAUGAUUCACCUCCUGAGACUCCGCCGCCGCCCCGUCCGUCUGUCUGACACGGAAAAAUUCAUGUUGUGAGGGCGAAAAGUGAAGUGUGAAAAUCAGAUUAGGAAAAUUUCAGGGUGGGCUGUCUGGAAAUUUUCUCGAGUGUUCUUUUUUUUAUUUUAGACUCUGCAGAUCCAUCCUGUGUGUGUGAGUGUGUGUGUGUGUGUGUGUGUGUGUGUGUGUUAAAUAAACUCAGAUAAGAGGAGAAACAAACACGCUGGAGGCUCCAGCUUCAUCUUCUCCACAACCUUUGAUGUUUUUUGUAUCCCCCCGCCGCCUCCUUCCCUCCCUCCUACUCUCCUUUCCUUCCUCGUCUCCUUUCCUGCCCCCUCUCUCUGGGUUUAAUCUUCAUCCUCACACACCUCCCCUGUCUGCUCAUCACUUUUAUUCUUCUGCCAGGAGUCAAAUUUAACAUCAGAAGGAGAAACGUGGAGGGACGUUUAUUUAACGUGAUGUACGCAGAGGCAGACUGAGGGGGGAAAUAAAACCAUCAGGAGCUUCGCCGUCGUUUAAAAGGAGACGUGUUGGCGUGGAGGAAGAGGAGGAGGAGGAGGAAAGACAGGAAGAAGAUGAGCAGAUUAAGAGGGAGGAAGAGGAGGAAAGAUGAAGAGAUCAAAAGGAGGAAGGAGGAGAGGAGGCGAGACGAAUGGAGAGGGGAUUACAGUAAUUGUGUAGGGAAAAGCAGAGUGAGCAUAAAACCUGCAGAGAGAGAGGAAAAGAGGACAGGGAGUAAAGCAGUUAGUGCUUUUAAUAUAUAUUUCAUAUUAUCUUUUGAAGCAUUAGAGUCUGCAGUGUAACCAGCCUGACAGAAUAACAAUUAUCAGCCUCGGGUUUCAGAGAUCCUCGUGUUUGCUCGUCUGCAGGGACGUCUGAUUGGAGGUUUAAUUUUGUCAAACAGGAAGGAUUUUAAAUAUUUGGAUUUAAUCUCAGACUCGUCAACGUCCUGAAACCUGAGAUCUGUCAGAUUACCUGUGAGGGCAGCUCCCAUCUGAAAAUCUGACUGUUAUAAGUAAAUCUGAUUUUAAAGUGUCCUCUCCGCUCGUGAAGAUGAAAAAGCUGAGGAAAAGAGAAAUCAUCCAUUUACACUUCACUCUAUCUCACCCUCUUUCACCCCUCUCUCACCCUUUUUUCACUUUAACUCCAUCUGAGCACGUCUGUCUCACUUUUUAAUGUCACACCUUUUAUGCCUUAUUUUUUCUCACUCUGUUAAAACCAUGUUCGUCUCACUCCGACUCACACAUCAGUAUCACACUCACUCUUAAACUUCAUGUCAGCCUCGCUGUCUCAGUCUUUUUACAGUAACCUCUUCGGUGCUUUACUCUCACUCUGCCACACAUAAUCUCACUCUACUUGUUCCCUCUCACUGUCCUUCUCACUCUCUCUCACCCUGUCUGCCUUAUCCCUCUUCGUUCAGUCAGUCUCACUCUCUCUACAAACUUUAUCUCUCUCUUUCUUACAAUCACACUCUUUACUCGCUGUCUCUCACUCUGUCUCUCACAUCCUGUGUCAUCCUGUUCGCCUGUUUCUAUAGAUCACACUCAGUCUCACUCUGACUCACUGUGGCUGUCACACUCCGUUUUAUUCUGUCUCAUCUUGUCCAGCUCACCCUCACUCACUCAGUCUCACUUUGUCUCACCCCAUUCCACUUAUCCUAUCUCAUCUUUUUCUCUUUAUUGUCUCACUUUACCACUUUUUGUCUCACCCUAUUUUGUCACUCUCUCUUACUUUUACUCCUGCUUUUCAGUAUCAAACCAUUUCACUCUGAGUGACUUUGUCUCACACUUUUCAUCUCACUCUGUCUCACCUUGUCCCACCAAGUCUUCCUCUUUCUUACUCUGUUAGUCUUAAUCCCGCUCACUCGGUCUUCUUUCCAUGUUUUUACUCUGUAUGACUUUGUCUGAAGCUCUCCGUCUCACUCUGUCUCACUCUCAAUUGCUUGACCUUGACUCACCCUGUCCCAUUUUCUCUGUCUAAACUUGUUUCUUUGUCUCACCCUGUCUCACUCUCUCAUGCCCUCCCUUUUAAGUUCUCUUUUUUCACCCUUUUUACUCUUUCACUGUGAUUUACUCUCUCAUAUUCUACCUUACGCUUUCCUACAAUGCCCUUUCGCCUCACCUUGUCUCACCCUAACUGUGUCACUUUGUCUUAUUUUAUCAGUCUCAUGAUUUGAAUACAGAUUUCCUCAGACGUCAUUCAGUCUGUCUGGUGACCUCCUGAUGAUCUGAAACUAAAACAGAGUCUUUCAGAAGAACAGAAGGGGAACCUAACUGAGUAUCGCCUUAUCUUCAUCUUCAUCUUCAUCUUCAUCUUCAUCUUUACUUUAACCAUGAAAACACAGAAACACAAAUGACCGUGUUCAUAGAAGAGACGUUUAAAUCUUCAUGUUUGAGCCGUUAAGAGGAAACGCUCUUCCCUCUGUGGUCAGGACAUCUCUGCGUCUUGGGAUGUUUAUGGUGAAGUCAGCACUGGUGUCCGCUCUUUGACCGCUCAGUGGGAUCAAACCCGUGACAGUUUUAGGUCAGGGGGCGGGGCCUAUUUCCUCGCGACCUCUUAAAUUUUAACAUCAGAGGAAGAAAACUUCAAGCUGACAGAGAUAGAUUCUUUUGUUCUCAGAAACGUGUAGAAAGGAAAAAAACUUGUCUUGAUUUGACCCUGAAUUAUUAACCCGAAAAUGUGAAAAACUCGCCCUGAUUUCUUUUGCUGUUCAGUCAGGAUGAGAUUUCACACCUUCAGACCUCAUGUGGGAACACAAACCUCUGACAUGCUGCUCUCCUAGACUCGGAGGUGACCUUUUCUGUCGAGCCCUCUGGUUAAAAGUCUUCUUGACGUCGACAGGAGGAAGUCGAUGUCUGAAAGCAGCGGCAGGUAAAAAUCUGAAACAUUCACUGUAAGCUGUGAGUGGGCGAGGCGCUGACAUUGUUCAUCUGUAGCAGAGUUCCUACUGUUAUUAUAUAUUUUCUUCUCUUUGAUUCUGGGAACGCUCUCCAUCUCGUAGUGAUCUUUAAACAGAAUCAGAAGCCGUCUCUGAUCGCUCCUCUUCCUCCCACACUGGACCUAUCUUCAUCGCCUUAACAGAACACAGUACUCCAAGUUGUGAGAGCGCCUCUGACACUGACAAUCUGCUCGGGUUUCAUCUCUUCUUCCUCCUCCUCCUCCUCCUCCUCCUCAGCUUCCUCACUCACUGUCUGCAGUUUAUCAGAGUGAAUUCGUUUUAACAGCUGAUGAUGACAAGAGAGGGGUCAGUGAACAAAUCUGUGAGCUAGAGGCUAAAAACUUUAACAUAUGCGCCACGUUUGCUGUGAAAUCAUGAAGUCAGUUUGGUCGUUUGUCCUUGAAUUAAACUCUGUACGUCCUAAAGGUGACGAACAUGGUCUUAUUUCAGACUGUGGCUCUUUUAUCAUUUAUAAACCCCCAGAUGACGCCUCAUCUUGAUGCAUUUCUUUUCAUUUCAAGAUAACUAAUUUUAUGAAACUCAGAUUAGAAUUAAAAACAAACCCUAAUCCUGUUUGCUCUGUUUCCCUGCAGGCCAGAGGUCAGUGAAGGCAGCACCAUCAGUGGACAGAUAUGAUGUCCAUGCAGAGUAAGAGUUCUCUUUAUACCUGUUUACAUUUGCACAAAUUACAUAUCAACACAUCUACUACCUUUAAUGUACUGUUUCAUACCACAUACUGUCUUUGGCAGUAGAAAAGGAGACGAGUCAACCCUUUGGGAUGUUUUGUACUCUGUUUUCUUCACUUAUAUUUCCUGUUGAUGAUACCCUGGGACAUCACAAGAUGAAAACAACCAUAUCCAACUGGGGGCCACUUGGUCUCAGGGGCCCUAGACACCUGUUACUGAAAAAUGCUUUAGAUAUGCAGGAUUAUUGCCCAUGCACAUGCAAAAGUACCAAAGCUGCACGGAUAAAAAGUCACCUGAUGCAGGGAUUAGAUGUGUGAAUAACGCAGCUUUCUUUUACGUCUUUGAAACUGAGUCGAUUUGCAGACUUAAAAGAGCGAAAUUUGACUGGAGCUGUCCUGAAAAAAAAAUGACCCAAGAGCUUGAUGCUGUGAGGAUAUUUUAGUUUGUGUUGAUUUUGCUGCCCCCUGUGGACAAAGAGAUACCUUUCUUUUCUUGUCCUGUGCAUGUGCAAGAAGUGUUUUCAGACAAAAACCUCUUCCUGUCAUCCUCUAGGAAAGAACCCACUUAACAUUUUUUGGUCUAGGCGGAGUAUAACUCUCACUGGAAACGAGUCCGACUUACAACCGUCUAUUGCUCAGUGGGAAAUAAAUCACUUCAUGGGAGUGUUUGCUGUCUCUUCAGUCUGCUGUCAAUCAUCUGGUCUGAGAAAUGAUCAGUCUUGUUGCUGUUGGUCUCGUUUGCUUUUGAAGGUCUUAAAGAGGCACCAGUAUCUGUUUCCGUCUGUUUCUCGUCACCAUCACCUUCAAAAAGCCUAAAAUCUCCCCUGCUCUGUUCAGCUGAUAGUUUCACAGCAGAUUUUAUAGAAAAUCUCAGUCUCACUUACUGCAUAAAACCUGCAAAGAUCAAAAGCUUCAAUUUGAGCCCAAAUCGACACCGAAAUUAUUCUCGCUGCGACCAGAAAACUUCAUUGUAUCUCGAAUCAGAUUUGAGAUGAGGUCGAGCGUGUAUCUCGCGUUUAUCAAUAUUUCCAUCUCGCUCUCUGCGGCUGUGGCUGUUAUCUGAAGUCAGGAGCAUGAAACCUCUAACGCGGUUUUUGAUGCAGGACUGUGUUAUCUCUGCAGUGAGUGAAGCGGACAGCGUGGUGAAGGUGGCAGAGUGGCAGCAGACUUACUACUCCUCAGAUUCGGGGAUCCAGUCCGGAGCGACGACGGUCCGAGACGACGAGAGCAGCACUGAAUACAGCGGCCGUAAGAAGUACUCAGGAAGUACAGCGAACAGCGCUUCAGGGCCUGCUGCUGCUGCGACGGCGGGGGGCGGAGACUCAGCGGGGUGUGGAGCAGAGAGUCCCUCAGGUGAGACAAUUUCUCUGACUUUAAUCUUCAUUUCUUAAUCCAAAUUUUUCAAUCGUUUUUAUUGUGAAUCCUGAGUCUUCUCUCUGUUUCAGAUUUAGACGCUCAGUUCUCGCUCACACGGGCCCAGCGUGUCAGAGCGGCCAUGUUCCCAGAGACGCUGGUGGAAGGGGAGGCGGCGAUGCCCGUCCAAUCGGAUCCCACGCAGCAGAGCAACGUGCAGCGAUUGGCUGAACCCUCCCAGCUGUUAAAGACGGCGAUCGUCCACCUGAUUAACUACCAGGAUGACGCCGAGCUCGCCACCAGGGCGGUGCCAGAGCUAACUAAGCUGCUGGGCGACGACGACCCGGUGAGAUCAAUAAUUCUGACACAGAGAUUUCUGGCGCUUCGUAUGAGGAAUUACUUCGCCAAAAAAUCGAAAUUUAACUUUUGAACGCUUGUGUUUAAGAUGUUUUCUGGUCACAUGGCAGAUUAAUCUUUUAGGGCCUGUGUCCAUUGACGGCGUUUCUUGUUCUGCUGCACCUCUACCCACCUUAGCAGCGACUGUUGACCUUAACAGGCAGGGUGAUGUCCCAAAUAAAAGCGCUCAGAGUCCAGCGAAAAAAAACAUCAGGCGCAAAAGAACUGUCAGUGGAAACAGGCCCUAACUGUUAAAAAACGUGUGCCCCCUCUGCAGGUUGUGGUGAACAAGGCGGCCAUGAUCGUCAACCAGCUGACCCGAAAAGAGGCCAGCCGCAGAGUCUUGAUCCAGUCUCCAUCUGUAGUGGGCGCCGUGGUGCGCGCCAUGACGACGGCGGUCGACAUGGAGACGGCGCGGUGCACAGCUAGCGUGCUGCACAGCUUGUCACAUCAGAAGGAGGGGCUAACCGUCAUCUUCAAAUCAGGAGGGAUCCCGGCGCUGGUCCGCAUGCUCAGGUACAGAUACUUAGACUACAACGAUCAGAUUCUAACACUGCACUGUAGGGGGCGCUGCAGUUGUUUCAUUUUUAGAUAACUAUCAUAGACUGUAUAUAGAAUGGACGCAGUCUGCCUCCUCGCUGGGUAAAACCACUCUGAGAACAGCAUCCUCUGGUGACGGGCUGCAGUAUAGGUCAUAAAUCUCGCCUCCUCCAGCAAUCCCUAUGGAGCUGUGGACAAACUUUAGAAAUUAAUGACACAGAAUGUAAAUGUUUCUCCCCCCUGGUUGUGAUGUUGACAUGUAGUUACUGUCAGACUGGUUUGUGCUCAAAUCCUCUUUUUUCUGUACAGCUCCAAUUUUAAAAGUUAUUGGGGGUUCAUGUUUUCUAUGAUUGACACCUGAUACAGCCUAUGGGCGUACGAGGAUUUCGUAGCUCACCAGUGAUUCGUUGUUUGAGUUGAGCGUCAUCACAGCGACUCUCCUGCCGAAUGCUUACAAUGCUACUGCGCAAUGUUGGUUUCAGGAAGUGGAGAAAAAACGCGGAAUUACCAAGAGCUUAUUUAUGUCGUUUUUCUGUUGCACUUCAUACUGUAUUAGGAUGUGCCUGGCGUUAACUGAACACGUUUGUACAUUUCGUAGACAUUCUUCCCCUAUUCUCAUACAUUAUUUCCAUAUUCAACUCAUCUGCCCAAAACAAACAUUUUAACAGAAACUAAUAAAGUUUAUAAACUCUGAAUGCUUCCUCAGUUUUUAAUAUUUACAGUUUAAUUUUUCCUGAUUCUAAGAAAGGACAAACACUCAGUAAUACUCUGACCAGAGGCCAACAGAAAUCUGAAUUUGAGCACUAAAUCCCCCCACAGAAACACUCACACACACGCGCACAAACACACACACACACAGAGUUAAUCCUCCACACUGAGGAUUAACACACAAGGAUAAUUCAGGCUCAUAAUUGAUUCAUUCAAACACGAAAUGAAUAAAAUUGAAUAAAAACUAAAAGAGCUUCUCAGAGAGCAGAGCCGUGUGUGUGUGUGUGUGUGUGUGUGUGUGUGUGUGUGUGUGUGUGUGUGUGUGUGUGUGUGUGUGUGUGUGUGGUCAUGUUGUUGUCGGCUGGUUCGAUGAUCAUGAGGUGAGCAGACCCCUCUUCUGUAGAGCUCUGAGGUUUUCACAUUUCCAUGUUUCCUGCAGCUCUCCGGUCGAGUCCGUCCUGUUCUACGCCAUCACCACCCUCCACAACCUGCUGCUGCAUCAGGAAGGAUCCAAGAUGGCGGUGCGUCUGGCUGACGGGCUGCAGAGGAUGGUCCCUCUCUUGAAGAAGAGCAACCCCAAGUUCCUCGCCAUCACCACCGACUGUCUGCAGCUGCUGUCCUACGGGAACCAGGAGAGCAAAGUGAGGGCGGUCUGCUUCAGCACAUCCUGCUCAUGUUUUCUCACUAAGAAUCCAGAGACUCACCUGCUCUUUCCUGUUUCCUGUCAGCUGAUCAUCCUCGCCAACGGGGGCCCAGACGGUUUGGUGUUCAUCAUGAGAAACUACAACUAUGAGAAGCUGCUGUGGACCACCAGCCGGGUCCUGAAAGUGCUGUCAGUGUGUCCUAGCAACAAGCCCGCCAUCGUAGAGGCUGGUAAGAGAAAACACCUGGACAGACACAGUGCUGAUCAUUAUUGGUUAUUUAUUGAUUAUUAUUAAUAAACAUAGAAGACUUGCUGUUCAGGAUGUCACUGUUCCUCUCACCUGUGCAGGUGGGAUGCAGGCUCUGGGCCAACACCUCACAGGCUCCAGUCAGCGUCUGAUCCAGAACUGUCUGUGGACGCUCCGCAACCUGUCAGACGCUGCGACCAAACAGGUACGAGAAACCACCACAGACGGUUCGAAGAGACUUUAAGGUUUAAUGGUCUUUAUGUGUUUGUUUUAUUCUGGGUGGGUGUUUGAAUUCGGCCUUGAGUGUUGUUGUUCUGGUCUCUAACUGGUCUGUAACUGGUCUGUAACUGGUGUGUGUGUCUGUAGGACGGUCUGGACGGUCUGCUGCAGAUCCUGGUCACCCAGCUUGGCUCUGAUGAUGUCAACAUGCUGACGUGUGCGACCGGGAUCCUGUCCAACCUCACCUGUAACAACGCACGCAACAAGGUGACCGGGAGUGGUGUUAGAUUAGAUUAGAUUAGAUUUGAUAAGAUUUGAUUAGAUUAGAUUAGAUUAAAUCGGAUUAGAUUAGAUUAGAUAAAUUAAAUUAAAUUAAAUUAAAUUAAAUUAGAUUAGAUUAGAUGGGAUUAGAUUAGAUUAGAUCAGAUUAAAUUAGAUUAAAUUGAAUUAGAUUAGAUAACAUUUAAUUGAAUUGGAUCAGAUUAGAUUAGAUUAGAUUAGAUAUUUUAGAUUAGGUUGGAUUAGAUUAGAUUAGAUAAAAUUACAUUGAAUUAGAUAGGAAUGGAUUAAAUUACAUUAGAUAAAAUUAGAUUGGAUUAGAUUAAACUGGAUCAGAUUGGACUAGAUUAUAUAACUGUAGAUAAAACUGGAUUAAAUUAGAUUAGAUUAGAUUAAACUAGAAUAGAUUAGAUCAAAUUGAAUGAGAUUAGACUAAAAUAGAUUACAUUACACUGGAUUAGAUUAGAUGAGAUAUAAUUGGAUUAGAUUAGACUGGAUUAGAUUAGAUUACAUCACAUUAGAUUACAUUUCACUGGAUUAGAUUGGACUGGAUCUGAUAAAUUUAGAUUAGAUAAAAUUACAUUAGAUUAGAUUAUAGUACAUUAGAUCAGAUUUGAUUACAUUAGAUGGAUUGGAUCACAUUAGAUUAAACUGGAUUAGAUUGGUCUAGAUUAUUUAACAUUAUUUUACACUGGAUUAAAUUAGAUUACAUUACUUUACAUUGCAUUAUAUUACACUGGACUAGAUAAGAUUAGAUUUGAUUUGAUAACAUUAGAUUGAUUGAUUAUAUAACAUUGGAUUAGAUUGGAUCAGAUUAGAUUAGAUUAGAUUAGUUUCAGUCAAAACUACAGUACAUAACUGCAUUUUCUCCCUUUUUUAUAAUGAUCUACUGUACAUGACCAGGAAAGAUCAAUCCAGAACAUGUUUCUCUGAGGGAAAAUGUUUAUUCAUAAAACUGAACAGAUAUUUUAGGUCUGAAUGAAACGGCCUCGGCUCCUUAUGACUUCGACUGUUUUCAAACUCAUGUUGACUCAAACUCUCUCCUCAUCAGACUCUGGUGACUCAGUUUGGCGGCGUGGAGGCGUUAAUUCACGCCGUGCUCCGCGCUGGAGAGAAGGAGGACGUCGCCGAACCGGCUGUCUGCGCCCUUCGUCACCUGACCUCCCGCCACCAAGACGCAGAGCUGGCCCAGAAUGCCGUUCGGCUUCACUACGGGAUCCCUGCUGUCGUCAAACUGCUGUCACAACCGCACUACUGGCCUGUAGUGAAGGUGAGAGAGAGAUAAUGAGUUUGUACGCAGUAAGAGAGCUACCUGCCCUUCCUGAUAGAUAUCUGUCAUGCCAAACCCUGCGGUCUGGAGAGCACACCUCACACCUGUAUACCUGAAAAACUAAGGCAGGGAGAGCAACAGCAAAGACCUUCGCCUUCUUAUUGACAGUAAAAGACGUUGAUUUUUUCCCUUCAAAUAUUUUGUUCUCAGAGAUUUUCUAAUAAAAAUAUGACCUUUGACCUCCAUCAGGCUACAGUUGGACUGAUCCGAAACUUGGCGCUGUGCCCAGCCAAUCAGGCGCCGCUGAGGGAGGCGGGAGCUAUCCCACGGUUGGUCAACCUGCUGCUGAAGGCUCACCAGGACACGCAGAGACACGCCUCCUCCGCUCAGCAGACGUACCAGGUGUGCCGAUACACACUCAUACUCAUACUGAUACUCAAAUCUCUGGACCAAGAACCUCACAGCUGGUUCAUUUGUCCGUUAACACUCGUCUGCUCUUUGUCCCUACCUCCUCUCUCCUUCUGUCCUCAGGAUGGUGUUCGUAUGGAGGAGAUAGUCGAAGGUUGCACAGGAGCUCUUCACAUCCUUGCCAGAGAUCCGAUAAACAGAGGAGAGAUCUCCAGCAUGCAGACCAUUCCUCUGUUUGUCCAGGUGACCACACCUUUAUUACAUUAUUCUCAAUAAUCCUGUCACAAAUUCACUCACUUACAGCCCUUCAUCAUCAUCACAGGAACUUGGACUGAUGUGCGUCUCUGUGCAUGGAUUUUUUUUUGUGGUGUUUGUGUUUGUGCAGCUGCUGUACUCGUACGUAGAAAACGUGAAGCGUGUUUCAGCCGGCGUCUUGUGCGAGCUCGCUCUGGAUAAACAGUCCGCAGAGCUGAUCGAUGCAGAGGGGGCGUCGGCUCCGCUCAUGGAGCUGCUGCACUCCAACAACGAGGGGAUCGGUACGUCUGUCCUCGCUCUGAGCGUUACAACUUGAUCCAAAAUCACAGCAACAUUUUCUGUUUUUGUAGAAAACAGAAAACCUGGUGUGUCUCAUUAAAAAAGCAUAUCAAGUUUAAGAAAAUGUGCCUUUUUCUCCUAAUGUUUGCAUGAUUGUUUUGAAUAAAGUCACACGUCUAGCUUUAAAGUUGGAUUAUUUUUCUUGACAUAAAUUUAGAUAAAAUACAUUUUAAUUACUGGUUAUUUUUAUGAGUUCUUCACGCAAACAUAUGAAUGUUGUGAUGUUUUGUCAGCCACAUACGCCGCCGCCGUGCUGUUCAGAAUCUCAGAGGACAAAAGUUCAGACUACAGGAAGAGAGUCUCGGUGGAGCUCACACACUCGCUCUUCAAACACGACCCUGCAGCCUGGGACAUGGUGAGUGUGUGUGUGUCUGCGCGUGUGUGUGUGUUUGAAAACACUUUAUUUACAUGCACAAUAAUUAAAAAAGGUUUUCCUCGUGUUUUGACAAUAUUAUUCGCCAAAGAGCGGUUUCCUGCCUGCAGGUCUCUGCAGUAAUCAGAGAAAACUCAUCUGCGUGUCGUCUUCCCCGGCGAAGGUUCCUCAUUAAAAAAGUUCUGCUCUGGUUUUGGAUUCUGCAUAAAAGUGAAGUUGUUUAAAUGUUAAUGAUCUCUUAAGAAAUUAGGAAAAGAAACUCUGUGUUUUCCUGAAUGUCAGCACUUUCUGUUGUGCUGCUGAGCACCGGUUUUAAAAACUGUGUUGUGUUUCCAAGUCUCAGUCCUGGACUUAUUUUAACGCUCAGAGCUCUGUCCUGAGUCCAUCUGAGUCCAGUCUUUAAGUGAAACCACUGAGUGUGUCUGGUUUUUCCCUCAAACGAUUUAGAGGAUGAGCAUAUUGAUAAAGAGUCGAUUUCUUAAACAUCCUCUGAUCCUAAUUUACUCCAAAACUUAAAGGACACGGCUGUAAACGGUUAUAAAAGUUGUGUUUAUUUGUGUGUCUGUGUUUCAGGCUCACUCUGCUGUACCUCUGGAGGCUGCAUACCUGGCUGAUGGUGAGUAACCUGAUCGACAGAUAUUACUCUUUCAACACAGUUUUAUAUUUGGGCUUCAAUGUCAGAUUAAAAUCACUCUAACAAAUAUUCUCAUGUACAAAUUUUGGGUGUCAGAAGUCCUUGCACUAAAAAAAAACUCAAAACUUUCUAUUCUUUAUGAACUUUGUUUGUGCAAAAGCAUCGGUGCAAACUCACCACAAAACGAGACAGACUUACUGCCACAUUAGACAACAUACAUGUGCAGCUUUUCCAAUCAUGUUUUAGCUGGUUUGGAUUAAUAAUCUGUGAGGAGAUGAAAAACGAGGAAAAUCCCUGAAGUUAUCGGCUUGUGCCUGACUCUUUUCGCUUAAUUUAACUACCACAAUUGGAUUUCAAUAAAGCCGAUCGAUCGCAUACUGACACGUUCACUUUUAACCAGAGCUGUCUGCAUUAACAGGUUUUUUAUGUCCUUAUUUUCUCACUCUCUGGGUUGCUGUGAUGGAAAAUGUAACCCCACGACUCCGCUUCCCGUCUUUUUGUCACAAAUUGAAUUAAAACCUCACUUUAGCGCGAAGCUAACACACAGGAGCUAAACAAACAGCUGCAGCUUAUCAGAUGGAAGCAGGCGGAGUGUGUGGAUCGGCCCAGACCUGUGGAUGAAAAGGAGUUAAUUAUUGCACUUGUUAAAGGGGUGGAGACUGACUGCAGGCCAGACAUCCGCAGGUUGGCAUGCUGUGAUUAUCUUUACUGGGGAACAGGAGUUUUGUGUCUGCAGAGAAAGCGACCAAACUGAAACUCCUGGAAAGUAACCAGAGAUCGCUGGACAUCGACCUCAGCUGUGCCAUCAUCAUCAUCGUGGAAAGUUAGUCCUACGACAGAGAAAUCACCACCAGACUGAGUAAUUCAGCUCAUCUUUAAAGAAGUCUGACCCAAUCAUCCGUGCAGGAUUAAGAUUCAGGAGCUUCAUUUAAUAACAUCAAAUUAAACUGAUGAUCGAUAAUCACCUCUUCAUAAAUCAAACUCAGGCUUUCGACAUCCAAACUUUUCCUUAUUAACCCAAAAAGAGUCAUUGUCAGAAAACAAGAGGAGAGGAAGACAAUGAGGAAGGUGAACGCUGAAAAAGACGUGCGAGUGACGGAGAGAGAAAAAAAGAAGAGAAGGAGAUAAGGGAGGAGAGGUGACGAAAACAAAAGACGAGUCUCCUCUCCGUCAUCGUUCUUCUUCUCUCAUUUCCUCCGUGAGCUCUGAAAUCCCUUCAUCUCUCCAUCUUUAAUUAAUGUUCUUCAUCCCAAGUGUGUGCGAGUGAGUGAUUUAGGAGGGUAUUGGUUCUAUUUAAAGCUGGGAUCUCAAUGUGUCAUUUUUUUCAGAGGAUUAUUCCACUUCAGUACACACACACACACACACACACACACACACGCUGCGCUGUCAUGCUGUUAUGGAGGUCAGUUGAAGGAGCUCCUCGUGGUGAAGGCGUAGCGCCCAAAUGAACUCGUGAUUCAGUUCAUUCAAAGUGCGUUCGCUAGUUCAAGAUGUUUCCUGUCACAGUUUGAAAACACUUCAUAUAUAAAACAAGUAAAUACUCGAUAAUAAUAAUAGUAAUAAUCAUAUUAAAUUGAUCAUCAUGUCUCAGUCGGCUCUGUUUUCAUCUUUAUGUUCCUUCUCUGUGUUUCAGAAUUAGACGGUUCCUACCCCGCCUACGGAUAUGCUGACCUUCCUCUGGACACCCUGCCACUAGACCCUGACAUGCACGAGCCCUACAUCCCUGACAUGACCUUUGACCCCAGACAGGCCUACCCUGAACCACUCUAACAGGUGAACCCACAGUCAUAAACAUGCAGUUUAGUCAUCCAGGAAUUAUCCACCACCGAACAGCCAGACUCAAAACUGCAGGAAAGUUUGGAAACCAAUAAAAAUCUCUCUUAUUUCUCAUAUCCAGAGUCUUUAUUAUCCACUGUAGAAGAAUUGGCCCUGAACUGUAUGACUUUUUAGUUUAGUACAAACUUCGGCCACUAGAGGCCAUUGGCUGACUUUAAAGGUGUGGAAAUAAGCACCAAUCAGAGCCUCAAUGGGGCCCUAAGCAACAUUUGAUUUUGGGGCCCUCAAUUUCUGCCAAUAAUAUUGAUUUUUGAUCAUUCACACACCUUCACAAAUCUCUUUGAUUAACAUUCCAUGACGAACAUACCUUUAUCUUGGCGUUUUUUUCUCUUCUUCCUCUUUCUUUUCUCUGCUCCUUUUUUGCGUCAUUGUUUUGUCCUUCAGCUACCUUAACUUUGGAUGCUCAGUGCACACUGCACAGCAGGAAACACAUAACAGUUGUGGAGUUUUGACAUAUCAGCAGUAAGAAUCACAGGCCUACAUCAGCAGCAGCACUAAAAUCUUUUUACUUUAUUUUAUUUUAUUUUUACAAUAAUAUAUAUAUUUGAUCAUAUGGAGAGCAUCACUCAUACAUGCAAAAAAAAAAUAUAUAUAUAUAUUUAUUUAUUUUUGAUUGCUCUUGGGGGCCCCCUAUUGGCCGUAGGGCCCUAAGCAGGCGCUAAGCUCACUUAUGCCUUGGGCCGGCUCUGGCACCGAUCAUUUCCAUCAGUACAUUAUGUUUUCAUGUGUGUAAAUGGAAAGUUUGUCACAGUUUUCAGCUUCCCCUGAAGACGUUUUAACUCACUCCUCUUUUAAAGGUUUGUUUUUGCUGAUGUGAGUUUUUAUUGGCCAUGAAAUGAGAUCAUUUGCAUCUGUUUUCAUGGAGAUUUUCUUCCUUUUUUCAGUAUUUCUGAUUACACUGUUGAUAUUUUUCUUGUUUUUUCCAGGAGAUUGGAACUAAAAACGCUGAAAGGAUAAAAGCAAAAGACCAAAUCCACAGAGACUGAAUGAGCAGAUGGACGAAGAGGACGGAGGUUUCAAUCACAAAGGGAAUCAAACCUUUCUAAUGGGAUCAAAAUCCUGUUUGGCAAUCAAGAACUAUGAACGAGGUUGCUUGUUGAAAGAGGUUUACUGUUGCGGUAAUGAAAAAUGUACUUUUGUUAUAAUGUUUUACUGUGGGGGGCUGUUAUGGGGGGCGGGGGCUGAAGCUUGGAGGCGUUGUUACACGGGUAACUUUUUGAAGCAAUCAAAUCUGGCAGAAAAGCCUUAAAUUGAGUUUGGGAGCCGACCAAACCGAGGAUUUUUAUGUUCAAGCACUUCAUCUGUGUCGGAUUGACCAGUUAGAGAAAAUCAGCUGAAGUGUAACAGCGACAAUGUUAACGUGUGACGUCAGUGAUGCAAUGCCUGAUCUAAUAUUAGCUCUGAUAAACAGUUAUUCUUUUCCAAACAGUGUCAUUUAAAGCUCCCACAUUAGUCGAUAAGAAGUCCCAUCACACUAAAACAAACUCUGACCCCGGUUUAUCUGAUUUUUUAGCACUUAAAAACGAAACACUCCCCACAGUUUCUCCCUAAUUAGCUUCUCUGAGCUCCAUCGUUGCUACCAAAUGCUACCCGUGUGUUUAGAUGUCUCUGUGUGUGUUUGAACAGUGCACAUGUUCAGGGUGUCUGUGUGGUUCUUGCAUGGUAGUUUAUUGUGUACUCAUUGAAGUAUUUCCGCCGCCACAUUCCGAGGAAACGGAUUAUCUGGGUUUCACAAGCCAUCAUGGAUUACAGCAGCCAUUUUUAGAAACCUCACCGGACUACAAAUCCCAUCGACUCGCCUGAACAAGCAGAUAUUCUGAUUACCGAGGAUGGACUACAGACUUCAAAUACCGGCUGUUUUUUUGUUGGAGGUGGACUGAACAUCUCAGAUCAGCUUGUUUACACUUUCACAUCCCAGUGUCAUUUUUAUCAGACAUUUAUAAAGACAUGAUAGUCAACUGGACAGUAAUAAAUCUAAAGUUAUAAAUGCACAUUUAUAACUCUACGUUUAUUACUGUUAUGAAGGAACUGUAAGUUUCUAAUUGUAGGUUUAUUUUUGUCUGUGUAUGGCAGUACAGUCAUGAUGCUUUAAUGACUGUACUGGAGGUGUUCUGUCAUAGAGACAUGUCAUUAACUCUGUCACUGUCUGCAGGUGGGGGUCAGGUGGAGGGGCUCUGAUUUAAUCAGCCUCUGAUUGACGUGCAGCACUUUUUUUUUACCUACUAUCACAAAAGUUUAAAGUGAAACGGUGGACAUGUUGGACAGUUUGUGUUCCCCAGCUGCAUCUUUAAAAAGCUGCUGUUCGUUUCUGCAUCACCACCAACAGUAGCUCCUAAAACGAUAAAAAGCACAAAUAAUGACUCAUCGGUCAGAAAAGAUUUUAAUGUUCUUAAAUCUGAACAUCAUUAAAUUUUAUUAUUUUCAA